CAUUUAUCAAUGCCACCACUUAGUCAAUUGGUGGCUGUCGCAGUUUGCUCAUCCGAAGUCGCUCCAUCCUCCUCCUCAACAUGUACAAGUUCGCUGUCGUUGCUGUUGUUGCCCUGGUGGCUCUUCAGGGUGUUCUGGCGAAGCCCAAAGCCAAACCAGCGGUGGAAAAGUCCCAAAUCGACGAACUGGCCGUGAAUGCGCGUCAAAUCAUCCACAACGUCAGCGCAGUGAUCGAAGGAAACCUCCCGGACUCCAAGCAGGUGUCGGACACCCUCACUCAAACCUCCCAACAACUCGCCGCUAAAGUCAAAGACGUGGUCGACAACCUGAACAAACAGGCGCAGGAACAUAAAGGAGACGUGGAGAAGGCAGUUACCCAGAUCAAAGCCAACUUGGCGACGGCGGCCGCCAAGCUGGAGGAGGCGAUCGGGCAAGAGGGCGUGAAGAAGGCCAAAGAGCUGAAGGCCAACCUGGACGAAGGCCUGAACAAGGCUGUUGCUGAAGCUGAACGGCUGGCCAAGGCUGCUGAACCAGAAGCCACCAAGGUGAAGAGCGACUUGACCGACCUGGCCAAGAAGCUGCUGGACGAAGUAGCGGACUUGGGCAAGCAGCUCAAGAGCGAACUGGACAAGAACGUCGCUAAAGCCUAGAGCGCGUCCAUGCACCAACUGUAUUAUUAGCUAGACUAAUGGACUUUUGACUGAUUUUCUGAAUUAUGUUUCUACUAAGAGGGACGAUGUGAUUAAACGUUGUCAGACGCA